UCAGUCCCAUCAAUUACGAUAGUGAAAUAGCAAAUAACGUUAAACACCGACAAGACCUCUGCAUCAGUUUGAACACAUGAAUUCUGAGUUUUCUAAUCUCUUAAUCUUUCAACUUUCUCUUCUCAUCAUCUGUUGAAAAAUUAGUGACUCAUGAGUGAUGGAGGAUUUGUUCAGCAAUUUGCCAGAUGAAGUUCUGAGGCUCAUAGUUUCUUUUCUGCCAAAUGAAUCAACACUAGAAACCAGCCUCAUAUCUACUAGGUGGAGAGACCUGUGGAACCAAGUUCUUGUUAGACAUGGAACCACACAAGAUGUAGCUGCUGCUGUUGCUGGAUUUCUGGCUCGUUUUGAACAGCAUGAUCCUCUAAAACAUCCACGCAAGCUUCAAUUUCACUUUGCUGAACAACACACUGCACUCUCUGCAUCCAUUGCAGCUAACAACAAGCUUCUUCUUGAUUUCCCUGCUGGGAACAAACACCUUCAGAGAAAGUACGAACUGCAGUUCAUGCUCAACAAGGAUCACAUCACACACCACACUUUUCACCCCACUUUCUUGGUCAAAACACUCUAUUUGAAAUCAGUGAGUCACUUCACAAAUUCGGUGGCUUCCUCCAUCGUUUCAAGUUUGGAGCAGCUUGAGAAGUUGGUGAUUGUUGAGUGCAGUGGGUUGGAUUCUUUGUGCAUUGAGUCUGAAUCAAAGCUUCAGAAGUUAACCGUGUCAGAGUGCCCCCAAUUGAAGUUUCUCCAUCUUAGAACUUCUAAGCUUAAAAAUUUAAGAUACUGUGGACCUCUUCCUAGGAUUUGGCCAGAAUCUCAUUUCAAUCUGAGGCAUGCCAUGCUUGAUUUCAGACAAGGACCAAGUUGUUCUGAUUCUAAGGCUCAGGAUUUCAAUCAGACUCUACUAACAAUAAAGAACUGUGAAACUCUCACUUUGUGUGGGUGGAUUUUUGAGACAUUGAUAUGGCCAUCGAUUUCUCCAAGUGGGAACUUCAUAUUCUAUAAGAUACGAGAGCUAUGGUGGAUUCACAAUCAUAAGGCUGAAAACAGCAUCAAUAUCUUAGUCUCCUUUCUGAAAUUAUGCCCUGCCUUGGAGCAACUUUUUGUGAAGAAUGAUUCUACAAGUUAUUCGACUCCAGAGACCAAAUCAAGUUUAACACAAGCAAGUAAAUAUACAAAAUUGGAGCAUCUGAGAGGGAUAAAGUUUAUGGGGUUUGCAAAUAGAGUUGAUGAAAUUUCAGUGGCAAAAACAUUAAUUCAACUAAUCAGAGAAGAGCCUCCAAAGAUAGAGACAUCAGAUGGAUUUACUUUGAUAUUUUGAUGCAGUGAUACUUUAAGGAAGAUCAUAGAAAAGUCAGUGUUGAGGGUUUUAUGGCUCAGAGGUUGAACAUAAAUAUAGAUAAAUAUA